AAUAUCACACAUUUUGGGGAAGGAAGAGAGUGUAGUCUGCAUUGGCUAAGGAUAUGAGCAUGGGUGAAGCCAGGUAUGGCGGAGCACCCCUGCAAUCCCAGCACUCUCGGAUGCUGAGGCAGAAGGGUUAGUUUGAGCCCAGCCUGGCAACUUAGUUAUAUAGCAAGACCCUGUCUUAAAUAAAAAAAUUAGAAAGGGGUAGUGUUGGUGGUGUAGCUCAGUGUGAAGGGCCUGGGUUCAGUGUCCAGGACUGAAAAAAAAAAAGGAGGGUGGGACAGGACGGCCAUUCAUAAGAAGUCCCUGUUGCUUCUGGUAAUUAAAUGGAGGACAUCUCACUAUUUAUUCACUUAGUCAUGUUGUGCUGGGGAUGGAACCCAGGGCCUUGUGCAUGCUACGCAUGUGCUGUACCACUGAGACACGUCUCCAGCCCAGAAUUCCCUUCCGCAAAGUCCUCACCCCUCUCUACUCUCUCCACAUCAUGGCCCCUUCACCUGGCUCGUCUCACUAUGUCUGUUCUUUCCUACCUGCUGUCUGGCACCUGCCUUUGCAAACUCUGAGCAGCCUUCUGCCCCAGGAUGCAGGGAACAUUUUCGUAAAGGGCCAGACAUUCCCUAUUUCAGACUUUGCAGGUCCUAACAUCUUUGUUGUAACUCUGGUUCGACUCUCCCCUGAGCGACAGGCUGCAGGUGGACGGGUCUUGCUCUGUUCUCGCACAGUGCUGUUUACAGAUGCACUGUGCCAGCGGUGUGUAUGCCCUGCCUGAUCCCCAUCCCUUAGGCCCUCCAGCCCUGGCCCAACCUGUUCAUUGUGACACUGUCCUGGUCUUGUGCUCUCUCCUCCCGCUGGUCUCACUCCUGGGCUGACAUUGCAGAGGCUUAACUCAGAAGGUGGGGUGGCAGGGGCCCUAGGAUACAGCAGAGCUGGCCCUGGAACAGAGCCACAUUCAACAGGGAAGUCUUGCAGGCUCCAGCGAGACCAAACCUAAACGAGGGCAUUGUUAGUGGAGGACACCACGGUUCCAGUGACCUGACAGCUGAGCAGGAACAGAAGCAGGGUGCACUUCUGGGGACAUCAUAAGCCUCCAGGCAGACAAAACACUUCCUCCAGGGCACUCACCCUGUGUGAGGGCAAGUGACAUGUAAUUGUGAAAACUGGGGGAAAUGCCUCAGUGGAAGCCCAGAGGGACCCACCAGGUGGCUCUGUCUGGAAUGAGCCUGUCCAUGGAGGAGCUGGAGGUCACGGCUCAGGAAGUGCUGGGGAGACUGAAGAGCCGCCACCUGUUCCAGUCUGAGUGGGACACUGCUGCCUUCGUGGUCUUUCUCACUUUUGUGGGCGCUGUGUUGUUCUUGUUGCUGCUGGUCAUUGCCCACUGCUGCUGUCACUGCUGCUGUGCUUCCCCCAGACACCGGAAGGUGAAACGCGGGAAGGAAAGACUCAAGGGAGUGGAUAACUUGGCCAUGGAACCCUAACGUUAGUGCCUUGGCAUGUGUCCCGGGGCCAAAGAAAUAAAGCUUAUGACUGAG